CACAAACCAACACGGUAUUUAAAAAAAUUAAAAAAUAUAUCUACCGAUGUCACCAGAGGCCUCACCAGAGGGCCUACAUAAUGAGGCUCCGUACCCACACCUUAAAGGCCGGAAUACCGAGGCUGUUAAUGGGACUCAAGCCAAUACUGCUCCUGAUACUGCUGCUGAUCCUCCUCCGAACAUUUCACAGAGGAUGCAUGAACAUGACUACAGUCAGCCAUAUAUCAAGAAGCCAUCCAACGCGUUCAUGAUCUUCAGGAAGGAGCAGAGUCCCGUUGUUGCGGCCGAGCUACAACACGGUGACUCUGCCUCUGUGAACACCAUCCUUGGACAGAGAUGGAAGGCCCUGUCACAAGACCAGCAGGCCAAAUACUACAACCUAGCUGAGAUGGAGAGGACGCUCCAUAGUCAGCUGCACCCUGAGUGGUCAAGCAGUGAAAACUACGGGAAAAACAGGAAGCGGGGGAAGCAGGGGAAGAGGAAUGUUCCCAACUAGACUAAAUGACUGUAUUCGUCCAUGGGACACUUCAACAGGGGACUUAGAGCCCUCCUCCCGUCACUGCACGUUGUCACCUGUGCUCCUCUCCAGAUUCCUUUCUUUGCUUCAUUAGGGCCCGAGCACCUCCGUGGGAGGCCCUAUUGUAUUUUGAAGGACUUGUAUUUGCCUUUUGGGUCUUUUUCAGGGCCCAGACAUGAUUAAAUUCUCCUCAAAGUUUGCAGGAAAUUCAAAACCCUACAAAGUAUUUGAUUUUGAAAAUGAGCAUGGCACAAUGGCUCCACAGCGCCAUCUAAUGAAAAGCCCCUCAGUUAGCAUUCACAGAUCUUCACAAAAAGACAUGACCAGACACACAAAAAAGUCAAGUAGUGCAUUGUGAAAAACACAACAGGAAGCCUGCCAUUUUGGAUUUAGUGGCCAUUUUCCACAUUUUCCACAUUUUUACUUUGUCAAACUUUUCCCAGGGCUUUUAUCAGAUCAACUUCAUAUUGAGAUGAAUGACAUCUCAACAAGAUGGUAAGAUGGAGAUAAAAACUACCUGGAAUUUUUUGUCACACGGUGUGACCGUGGUGUAGCGUCAAAGUUUUAUUACACGCCAUCAAGACACAAGGUUCUGUAUCUCGGACAUACAUAGUCCAAUUGAAUCCAAACUAGACAUGUAAGACAAGAGUCCCGGCCUUAUGACAUCUACACAGAAAUCAUGACUUAAGAUUUUAGCGCCCCCUGAUGGCAACAGCAAAUGUCAUUAGUCAUUCAUUUCAAGCUGUGUCAAAAUGGUGUCAAGACAUUGAUAAUGAAGGCAUAACAUUACUGUGAGUAUUUGUCAAACACCAUAUUAGUGGCCUGGUGUUAAAGUUCAUCAACUUGUCUUGACACACGAAUUUGCUGUAACUUCAGUGUUCAUGGUUCAGUUUCCCUCAAACUACAUCGGUGUCACAACACAACAGCAGUGCACGAAACGCGUGCAACGCGGAGCCGUGUGCCCAGUCGCCGAUCUAUAUAAAACAGAAGGUAAAACUAUUUUAAAUCAAAAGUUAAACUAGGGCUAUGUUGUAUAUAUAUAUAUAUAUAUAUACACAGUUUAUGUACAUAUAAAUAAACUGUAUAUAUAUUUGUAAAUUAAAUAUUUAUCAUACCCUUUUUUAUUUUCACUCUAGUUGAUAGUUAACAGAGGAUCUUGUUCUCCACUUACAAAACAUUACAAUUUCAAAAAGUAGGAUCCACCUACAUGUUCAUGAUCCAUUUGUGAGGCUGGUUGCAGCACAAAUACAUUCAUUAGUUAACGCUUUAUUAAUGUUGUCUUGCUGGUAGUAUUUUGUGUUUGCCAAUAGUCAGUGGACUAUUUGUUCAAAAUAACAAUGACAGUGCAGUGGUCGUUAUUUUACAUGAUAUCAAAUAGACGGGCAUGCUGCAGGCUUGGCCUCAAGCUCUGGGCAUCUGUCUCAUGAAAAGUGAAAGUAGCUCCAACACAAAGGAAGAGAAAUGAAAGUCAAGGAAAUGAGACCUAAAUAGAGUUUAAUUUUCUCUCCUAAUACAUUAUGACAUAAUCUUUAAAGUAACAGUUUAGUUCCUUUGAUAAUCAAAACUAUUUUUUACUAAUAGACAAGUAGUGCACAAGUGUAAACCUUGUGGGAAUGAGUUGAAUUACGUUGACUAAAAUGUUAAACAUAAUUGGGUGAUGAUAUAUACAGUCAAACCCAACCAGAUCAGGUUUGGAACGUGUCAUUAUGUACU